AUGGGUCGUUCAGGUUAUGACAUCAGUGGUUUCUAUGAGGGUGGUGGUUCCUCCAACCCGAACAAGCAACUAACGCAACAGAAGAAGCCUACAAGUGACGAUCCAACCAUGCCUAAAGAAAGCAAGCCCUCGAAGAAAACCGGAAAGGCUCCCGCCAAACCCUCACCGCCGCCGCAGUCUUCGCCUGGCCCCAGUUCGAGUGCCGGUGGCAGUGGCAGAGCCUCGCAACCUCAACCUCCUGCCAAAGACAAAGGGGACUCCAGAUUCAUCCAAUACAAUUCGUUUGGUUCACAGGUGAACGUGGGUUGCUUUAUCUCAAAGAAUCAACCUCCUCCUCUUCUUCCUCCUCCCGGCGCCAUAGGCAAAGCCGCCAAAGGCAAAGAGAAAAGGAGUCACAGGUUCAGUCCAUUUGCAAGACCUCCCAAUCCUAAAGAGCCGACUUUCUCGGUUGCUCCUCCUCCUCCUCCUCCAGCGCUGCCACCAAUGUCAUUGCUACCGUCUACCAGUAAAGCUGGUGAUCUCUGGGAGUCGGCUAAAAAACUCUCUAUAUCAGGAGGGCCGUCCGCACCGCCACAACCACCACGAGGGGCAGCUCGCGCACCACCACCGCCGAAACCAGUGGAAGCACUUUCCUCCGUACCUCGCCAUCUUGGGGGCUCGAUUCCAGCCGCACAGGCAGUGCAACAAUACCUAGCACAACAACCAUCCCAUCGUGCAGUCCAAUCACAACAACAACAACGAGGACGGGAGCCACCUACCUCUGUCCCACGUAACCGCUGGGCGUUUCGAUCAAGACCAGAAGAUCAACAACCGCUACAACCAAGUUCCUCCUGCGUCGCUGUACCUGUACCAGCUGCCUCCGACCUCGGCCCCCAAGGUCCCGGCACGCACCACGUCGUCCGGGUGAGGGACGAAGCAGCGGGAACAGCGGCCUCUCAGAUGCCAAUCCAUUCCUUCGACUGGGUGUGCUGUUUCUGCCACCGAAACAACAACGAGAUGCAGCACCCCUUGCAGUGCACGAACCCUGCCUGCUUGCACGUGAGAGUUAGAGACAACCGGCCGCCCCCGGAGCGGGGGACGAGAACGACGAGUACAAUGACUUAUAGGCACCAAGCUAGAACGCCGGGGGUAGAGGUCUGUCCGGAUUGCACCGAUGUUGCUUAUACGUUUGUGGUAGGGAGGCGAGAGGCGGUGCCGGUGCCGAAUCUGUUGGGUGCGCCCCGCUGA